CUUGACCCGCCGUCACACGACUGCGGUGUCAGCAGUUGUCACCUCGAUAUAAACCACCUCCUUCUCGGUUUCUCCCUCUUCUGUGCCUGCUGACCCGAACCGUUCACCAGAACCAAACAACAGCAACACCAAAACAAAAAAGCAACAUGACCUCCGCUGCCCAGCCCAUAUUCUGCAAGGGAGAGGACUGCAAGCCGGCCUGGCACGACGCUAGCGCCGGCUACAAUGAAGCCGACACGCACCUGGAGAUCAUGGGCAAGCCAGUCAUGGAGCGCUGGGAGACCCCGUACAUGCACUCCCUGGCGUCUGUUGCAGCCUCAAAAGGCGGUCGGGUUCUGGAGAUUGGUUUCGGCAUGGCCAUCGCCGCCACCAAGGUGGAGUCUUUCCCCAUCGAGGAGCACUGGAUCAUCGAGUGCAACGAUGGCGUCUUCGCCCGACUGGAGAACUGGGCCAAGGCUCAGCCACACAAGGUUGUCCCUCUGAAGGGUCUCUGGGAGAACGUCGUUCCCACCCUGCCAGACAACCAUUUCGAUGGUAUCUUGUACGACACAUACCCUCUCUCAGAGGAGUCGUGGCACACUCACCAGUUUGACUUCAUUAAGGGUCACGCUCACAGACUGCUGAAACCCGGCGGUGUUCUCACCUUCUGCAACCUGACCUCCUGGGGCGAGCUGCUCAAGAGCAAAUAUGACAACAUUGAGAAAAUGUUCGAGGAAACCCAGGUGCCUCAUCUGCUCCAAGCUGGUUUCAAGAAGGAGAAGAUUAGCACCACCACCAUGGACAUUGAACCGCCCGCUGAAUGCAAGUACUACUCCUUCAAGAAGAUGAUCACUCCCACGAUUGUGAAAGAGUAAAGCUUGAAGACCGACAACUUUUUAUAUUCUGGUGCCUUUCCCCCCGCCUCCAACACUUGUUCCAUGUUCACUCCACAGUAUUUUAAUAAACAGCUCUGUCCUGACUCA